CGGAUCGAGAGGGGAGGUAUCGACGCGUACGUCGCAGUAUCGGAGGUAUCGGCGGUAUCGGUAAUAUUGGUGGCCAUCCCUGCAAGGGAGUUUUGGGGUCGUGGGUGCUUGCGAAUGGCCGACCCCGUCGUCGUCGUCGUCGUCGUCGCCGUCGUCGUCGCUGCCGUCAUAAUUUCUGUCAGGCGCGCCACUCGCUACGGGAAAGCCAUGUAAAUGUUCGUCGCGUCGCGGGGGAAAAACGUGAGCGGAGAGUAUCGGCGAAGACACGAGACGCGAGGUCCGGGCGCGGCGACACGCGCCGCAGAAACGGAGAAGGAAAACGCGCGGAGGUACGACGGAGGUGUCUAGCCGAAGAUCGCGAAGGUCCCACGCCAGGGUCGGGAGGAGAAGCAGCGGGAAGGAGAGGAGAAUCCCCACGCGGUAAACGGUCAUCCCGAUCUCUCAUCUCCUGUGGACAGAGUCAUCGUCUUAUCCCUGAAACAAGAGCGACGAUUGGGGCGGAUACGUGAGAUCCGUCACCGUCUGAAAUAAUACACCGGGGGAAUCGCGCGCAAAGAGAGAAGAGAAAGAAAAAGAUAGAUCACGGGCGGAUGUAUUCGUAGCCUGACGGUGAUGCCGCCGCCGUUGACGCGAACCUCGCACGCGCUCCGCUUUCCUCGACUGAUCGCAGGUCACAGCGAACGGAAUGUGUUUCGUUGUAAUAGGCUGUGUUGAAGAGCCACGAGGGUGACGCGAUUGGGAAUUACGUAGGAGAUCCGAGAUCUUUCUCUUAGGUAGCAGCCGUGCCACUUGGAGAAUAUUUUCAGGAAUAUUGGAUCGACAAAGAUUACAUUUCAUUUACGCUGAGAACGCACAGUCAACUUGUGUUCUUGAGAGACAGUUAUAGCUCUUAGUUACUUAGUUAUGGAGGAUAGUAUGAGUGUAAAGUCCAUGGAAUCAGUGGCGACAAGUGAUGAAUAUGAAUUUGUGAAUGAGAAAGGUACUAGCAAGCAGCAGCAAGCUCUCCUGGAACCACCUAUGCUAAAAAUCGCCAAUAACGGCAAUCUAGAGGAUCUGCAAAAUAAUCUCCGUGAGAUUUUGACAGAGGACUCGAAAAUGGAGGGAGGUGAAUUCAAAGUGACAGGUGCCAGUCAGCAAAACCAAGAAAAGACAAAGAAAGUAGGUCAUAGUAAAUUUUACGACGUUAGUUCUUGCAUUGUCACGUCAGAAAAGCAGGAUAUUAUGAAGCCCGAAGAUUAUCUUGAGGAAGAAUUAAACACAUUGUCACACGUUCAACAAGAAUGCACCAUUUUCAAUGGCGUUACCUAUCUGGGGGCAGCAGCAAUAAAUGCACCAAAAUCAGAAUAUGAGAUUCAACGUAACAUGAACAUAUUAAAUGCAGAACAAUCGUUAAAUUUAGGAAUAAAAGUUUCUGUUUCGGUGCCGAGUAGUUCACAAGGUUCAGUCAUCCUGUAUGACGCUGCAACGCAACAAGCUAUCGCGCGUUACGAAGUGCAACGUAUUUUAUUUUACGCACGUGGUGAGAGUACUGGUUCAUGUGCAGCAUGUUUUGCUUUUACGUGGUCACAUGGUGACACUUUAGAAUCUGCCAUUUACCAAUGUCACGUUUUCCGCUGUGAUAUACCAGAAGCGGUUGGACAAGUGUCAGCCUGCUUUUCAAAAGCGUUUCACAGAAUACCACGUUCGAUGACAAAUUCUUUGACCGGCAGUGACUUUAAUGGGUUCAAUACUGGUGAAAAAAUUAAUUCUAGAGUAUUUAUUUUCGAAGUCACUAUGGAAAUAAAAGAAGAAGAUGGAAAAGGCGGUUUCAGUACGGUUCCUAAGGAUAGAAAUUGUUUUAAAUUACGAAGCAAUAUAGCGAAACAAGUUUGUUUGAGUAUCCAACAAGUGUCCAGUAAAGAAGGUGGCAUUACACUUGAAGUCGAGAGAUGUUUUGGAGUUCUUGUUAGCCCCGGGCGAAAUGUUAAACACAGUGAUAUGCGACUACUCGAGAUGGUAAAAAGAGAUUCACACCAGCAAGUUAAUUUUAUGUCUAUAAUCAGCUCAGAUGUUCGCAAUAUUACAACAAUUUUGCAGCAAGUUAAUACUGGACCAAUAAUGCAAGACAAACAGUGCUAUAAUAUUUGUGGACGUUGGGAUCCCGCGGAUCCCGCUUUGGAAACUCUUAAUAUAGAAACUCCAAGAGAGGGUAAAAUUUUCAUGACUGUUGCCGUCGAUCUCGUUAUCAGAGAUAUUCGAGAACCAGUGAGAUUUGUGAUAGAAACAUCAGUUAAAGUGUUUCCACAAAAUGAGAGAUUUUGGUAUUUUAACAAGAGAAAUCUUGUGCAACAAUUUUAUCUUAAUUCCAAAGAGGUAAUUUCUGGAGAUGGUACAGAGGUGCAUUAUGAAGUACAAAGCAUAGAAACAUCCGGCGAAUUGGAUAGAAAUAGAUUAAAUCUGGCUUUGAAUUUAGCAUCUUUAAUCAGAUCGCCCUCUUUAACAAGUAUCGACACACUUACACCUAAAGAAGAAAUAGAUUCAGAUGGUGAUGAACCCAUGUUAAGUGGUACAGGCGAAGUCUCCAAGGAUUGUUCAGCAGAUGAAUUAGCUAGUUGGGCUGAAGUUUUAGACAGUUGGCAAAUUAACGAGCAACGUCCGAAACUUCUUAUAAAACUAACAAAACAAGGAAUUCCUGAAGCUUUACGCGGUGAAGUUUGGCAACGUCUGAGUAAUUGUGACAAUUCGCAAGAGAUGAUGGACAAGUAUAGAAUGUUGAUUACAAAAGAAAGCAGCUGUGAGAGCGUAAUUUUAAGGGAUAUUAAUAGAACAUUUCCAGCCCAUGAUUUCUUUAAAGAGACAGGUGGUUUAGGGCAAGAUUCUUUAUACAGAAUAAGUAAAGCAUAUGCUGUUCACGACGAAGAAGUUGGAUAUUGUCAAGGCCUCAGUUUCUUAGUUGCUAGUCUGUUAUUACAUAUGCCCGAAGAACAAGCGUUUUGUGUUCUGGUUAAAUUAAUGUAUGACUAUGGUCUUCGAGAUUUAUACAAAGAUAGAUUUGACAACCUUUAUAUGCGAUUUUAUCAAUUAAAUCGCUUAAUAGAAGAUCAAUUGCCGGAACUCUAUAAGCAUUUCUGUGAUCGCGGCGUAGAAACGCACAUGUUCGCCGCACAAUGGUUUCUAACUUUAUUUACUGCUAGAUUUCCAUUAUAUCUUGUCUUUCAUAUCUUGGACGUAUUUCUUUUACAAGGACUCGACACAUUAUUCCAAGUCGCCCUCGCUUUAUUGAUGUUGUGUAAAAAAGAGUUAUUACAAUUAGAUUUUGAAAGCAUAUUGAAAUACUUCCGGGUGCAUUUACCAAAACGUUGCCGAAAUGAAGAAGUUGCACGUUAUGUUAUGAAGUUAGCUUGUUCAGUGACGUUAAAGAAAUUGAAGAAGUAUGAAGCAGAAUUUAUAACGUUGAAAGAGGCACAGGAGAAUGCUGACGAAUACAGUAACGAAGUGGAGCAAUUACGCGGUACAGUGGCCAGAAAUGAAGAAGAAAAACAAAGAUUGGAGGCAGAACUGUUGCAAAUUAAGGAGAUGUUACAACGCGAGGUAGCUCGGGCAGACGCCGAAAGCCGUAGAAGCAAUGUGAUUAUAGCCGAAUACAAACAGAUCUGUCAGCGUUUGGAGGACGACUACAAUGCUGCGAAGACAACGUUGAGCGAAUUACGGGCGAAGGUUUCGAAGUGCGAAAAAUGUAGGACAUGUAUAAUGGAUUCGUCGAAUAUAUUAGCGGAUAUCGCGCAUCCUCUGGAGAACCGGAUAGAUCCCAUGCUGCACAGAGUUCAGGAAAGAGUGCGUGAGCUGGAGCUGGAACUGGCGCAAACAAAGUUGGCACACGUCGAGGCUGAGUGCCGGAAUCAGGAUCUGACCCAUCAGUUGCACGCCACCGCUUCCGAGCUGCAAGCCACGCGCAACAGUUGGCCGUGGCUCAGCAAAACCUUGUCCAGUAUAAAGGAAGCGGCGAACAAGAGGGAAGUGAUGACCCCAACAGCGCUAAGAGAUCUGAGACGCGAUAGCGCGCCUGGGAGUGAUCUGCAUCAUCUGAUACACUCUCGAAGUCGCGAAACGCGCGACAGUCUUAAAGAAGUUGUGUGAUGCAACAAAGUACCAUUAGGAAGAGAAGAAUACAUACAUCACGGAGUCGUGUGCUGGGCACGAAUGUGUGAACAUGACGUAUAUUCGUAGUUAUGUAUAAUAUACUUGAUCUGUUAACUCGAUGUAUUCUUUGUCACGCUCUCCAUUUGUAACGCACAUCAAGUGCUUACUCUCAUCAGGCAAUCCUAUUUACAUAGCCGCUGAUAUUACAUUGCAAAUUUUUGUUACUUUAUACUAUUUUCGAAAGUAGUCCGUUUUCGUGUAUUUUUUUUUUCUUUUCAACAAUACGUAUGAGUGAUUAUUUUGACAUUAUUUUUACAUGUUUAUUUCUUUUUCUUCCUUUCAUUCGAUGUACGCGCGAAUGUUGGGCUCGAUACAAAAAAAGCAAAAAACAAAAAACAAAAAAACAAAAACGCUACGCGGGUUACCAAUGACGAGCAACGUACCGAAAAGUAAUCACAUAAACAUAAAUUACUUACAAUAGGAGAUAAAAGUAAAUACAUAUGUCGCGUUUUGUAUGAAACUAGUCUAAGUAUGAAAGGGAGAAAA